GAGAAACCUUACUUGACAAGAGUGGGAAAUUUGGAUUUCUGCAUUAAUUUGAACGUGCCAUCGUGAAACUAAAAUCCUUUCGCCACGAAUGCGUGCGUUUCCGUUCUGGACUUGAUGUCACAGAGCGCCUGCACUGUGCCGCCCUGGAAGGUCAAAGCGUACUACUUCGCAAGUUUCGGUUUCUUUGCAACCUUUGAGCGAUAUGCCACGUUGUACUUUGAAGCUGAUGGCUUUAGUGCUUCACAAAUCGGCUUCAUGAUUGCAAUGCGUCGUGCGAUCCAAACAUUGGCAACUGCAUUUUGGAAUGCUCUUGCCGACAGAACGAAGCGGGCACGGACCAUCCAGUUGGCCACCUUGGCCAUUAGUGCUGCUCCAUUUUUAUGCCUCAGCAUUCCAGUUGACCACGAUGAGCGCGGUUUCAUUCAGCGCUGCCUUGGGCUUUGGAUAUUUUCUUUCAUAGGAACGCCGUCCACAUCUAUCAUGGAUGCUCUUGCCCUGGCUGCAUGCAAACAAGAUGCCCAGAGAUGGGGUGAGGCGCGAAUCUAUGGAGCUGUUGGUUGGGGUGUGGUGCACCUGUUGCUAGGGCCCAUGAUGGAUCUCCUGGGCUUCAACCUGAUGUUUGAUUCCUUUGCAUUUAUGGGAGGUAUACUUUUUGUGGUGACUCUGGAAAUGCCAGAGUCUUGUGGUGAUUCGGAUGCAAAGGUUAGCGCAAGAUCCAUUUGGAACAUUUUCAAGAAUAACCGUUUCUUCUUUUGCAACAUUGCAGUACUUGGUGCAGGCUUUGCCAUGGUGGAAGGGAUGCUUUUUUUGCUUUUGCGCGACAUGAAGGCUUCUACCAUGUUGUGCGGCUUGUCGGUCGUGGUGACUGUCAUUUUUGAACUCCCAAUCUUUGCACGCUCGCAGACCUUGCUGGACCGUUAUGGCACCCGUAGGCUUUUGGCUGCCGCGCAAGCAGCUUGGGUGGUACGAGCCGCUUUUUACUGGAAGAUGUCAGUUGCCUGGAUGGUCUUGCUGGUGGAGCCUUUGCAUGGCAUUACCUUUUCCCUUGCCUGGAUUGGUGCCAUUGACUACGUAGCAAGGCCGGAGAUUUGUGAGGGCUUGGAAGCAUCAGCACAGGGCAUCCUUUCAGCCAGCUUCCAUGGCGUGGGACCCAUCAUCGGCUUGCUGGGCGGGGGCUUCCUAUUUGAUACUCUGGGGAGCCACGAGGCCUACAUGGUUUUCGCAGCAUGCGUGAUGAUUUCUGGCUUGGUUUAUUGGAGGUACAGCUCAGAUCCCAAGAUGUCUCCUUCACAGAAUCCGCACACAAUCGGGAAGACAAGGGAGUCAUUAGAACUGGCUUGCCGCGUGGACUCACGUUGAGCCAAGUGAGUGCA